CUGCAGGUGCCAACUACAUGGAAUAAAAUUCAGUCAGCAGAAAGAUAAUUUCCUCGAUAAUAAUUAAAUUUGAACACGAAAAUUCAAAUUUUAAAAUGCAAUUAAUUUGAUGUAACAUUACAAAUUUGGUUAUGUAAAUGAUCUACAAUCAAACGUGCGUUUCAAAUCGUGAAAUUUCAUCUUGUGUCAUUAGCUAGUCAAUUUGUACGUAAUUAAAAUUCGAUCUCAAUGGGUAAUGGUGAAAUCCUUGCUUGUGUUUUAUAGUCACAUCACAUCUAUCAAGACGUAAACAUCAUUUUUAUAAAACAUAAUCACCAUCAUGGAUCAGGGUAACUGUCUAGAUCACACUUACAGCCGAGGCCCUGACGAUACAUCUGCUUGCGACUUGAUAGACUCCAGUUUCAACGACGAUUGUUCCGACGAUUCUUCCUCAGUCGUGUACAGCACAGAAGAAGAGAUGGAAACCCAUAGCAGGAACGAAGGUCUUCAAUCAAUGCACCUGGAAAGAUUACGUUUAGCCAGUGACGAAGCUAACGCUAAUAAAAAUGGAUUAUGUGCAUUCGACGACGCUAACGCAAUGAACGGAGACGUUCUACGUAAACACAGAUCCGGCGAACAAGAUGAAUUUAAAGCUGAAAAUUCACCUCCCAGUGGUACUGCCCCCAUACCGAUACAGAUUUCUAAAAAUCCUGAAUUAUCAGCCUUCGUUCCUUGGAAACGCACGAAAACCGUAGCUGAUUUCGAUAAUCCUAAGAAACGAGACGAAUCGAACCUUAGUGAGCAAGAUGAGAUCUCAUUAUUCGGCGACUACGUGGCGUCCGAAAUACGCAGCAUGAAAGAUAAAUAUCAUCAAACGCUGGUGAAAAAGAAAAUUCAAGAUGCCAUUUUCGAAACAAAAAUGAUGUGGCUGAAAGAAUGUAAUAUCAGAAUGAAUAACGGUGCGUCGAGCUUGCAGUAAACAUCGAACUGAAUUAUUUGGCGUAAAAAGUGCCAUCGCGAGAUGAACUGGAGUCCAGGUGAGAAAUGCUCUUACCGUGAAGUAUUUUGGUUGCGAAGAUUCCGAGCCGAAUGCAUUAUUCGUCUGUUCGAAUAUUGCUAUUGCGGAUGUAAUAUUGUACGCAUUCUACGAACCGAUCGAUGAUUCUGCGGAGGAAAGAAGUAAUUUCGGAUGGUUUAUGAAAUCUACCUCGUUUGUUGUUUAUUUACUAAAUUUUCUAAGAUGAAAAUUUCGUGAUAUUUUAUUGUGAUAAUCGUUUUAAUUUUAGGUUUUUGUUACGAUGUAAAUAAACGUCUAUGUGUUAUUAUUAGUGUUG